AUGUGGCAUCUUUGCCCUCUUAGCAAGAAAAUAUGGAAAACAACUUACAAAUUUCUCAAAUACACAACUGAACCUACUCCUUUUACAAUAAAUAAUAUUCUUCAAGCCACUAACAUAUCUUUAGCUUAUAAAAGGAAAGCAGUCAUUUGGAUCUACAUGAAUACUUUAUAUGAAAUAUGGUGUUGA